UAUUUUAUGUUGCAUUUUGCUUUUUAGGAAGAUUUAAGACUUGCUGCUUUUCAUCCAUCACCAGGCUCUUGCUGUGGUAUCAGCUUCAUUUCUUCACCUCCGUCGGUCUCCAUGUCAGUCUAAUCUAUCACAACAUCCCUGCAGCAGUACGAGGAAACCGCACUGAGCAUGCUCCCUGCAGCUGCUGCCUGUGGAUGGAGCAGUGUGGAGACAAGGAACAGAGGGAGGAGAGAGGAUAUGGAAUAAACGGAGCAGUGCAGCGAUGCUGCUGCAGCUCUGAGAACAACGGCUGCAAACCUAACGCCACAGAUGGAGCGUGGCAGCAACCUCAGAAUGGCUGCAUGGACUGACUGCCACCGAACAAAAGACAUCAUUUAAGGUGAGACUGGACAGCGUGAAGAUGUAUGCCUUUUACUCCCUUUUAGUCUACAUCUUCUACACCGUCUUUAAAAAAGAGGAGGAGGAAACCUUGCAGGGGGAACACGAUGCUUCCCCAGACGAGCCAGGACCUGUUACCAUGGAAACAAGGAGCAAGAGAAGUGAUGGCCACACCCCCAGAAUGGGAAAGAAAGCUUGUGCUCAUUUAAGUGAAUCAAGCAGCAGCAGUGACGGUGAUGAACUGAGCGAUGAGGAUGAGGAGGAUGACUUGGUCAAACCGGCGUGUACUCCUCUAGCUGCCUUUUUGUCUUUCAAGCAAGAGGCUGAGAAGAGGAGGACCCCCCCGCUUCAGACCACAUCGCUGACGGAGUCUCCCCUGGUGGCCGUGAUGUCCCACUUGCUGAGUUUUUUGGAGCAGUACUCCCAUUUCCAGCAGCUGCAGCAGCAAGCUGAUCAAUACCGAGUUCAGCUGAAGAGGCACCGUGUUCAGCACAGACGUCAGAUGAAGGCCCUACGGUCCUCGUAUCGCCAGCGCCUCCGAGACAAGAACAACAUCAUAAGCAGCCUGGAGGAGGCUGUCAGCCAGCAGCAGAGCCCCAGCCCUUUAAGUGAGGGUGAGUCGAGCAGUAACAUUGGGACACCGGCUGGGGUUCACAGGCUGGUGGAGUCUCUUUAUGGCCUGCAGGGUGAGAGGAGUAAACUGAGAGGAGAACUGCAUCUGCUGCACUCACAACUGGAGCAAAAAGAACAAGACAGACACUCGCACAUACGAGCCUUUCAACAGCAGAUUGAUGAGCUGAAGAGCUGCAUUGAGGAGCGUGAAGAGGAGCUGUCACGACUGAGAACAGCAACAGGCGCCACAGACUCAGAGAAGCGAGUGCUGUGUCUGUCAGCAGAGAACGAGAGCUUGAAGCAGAGCCUGAGCGUGACACAGGGCCUCCUGCAGCAGCUCUCCACCAUCCCUUCCCAGUCCAGCAACAUGCUCAUCAAGGAAAAUGAGAAUCUCCGCAGCAGAGUGCAGCAGCUAGAGAGCUCCCUGCAGCAACGUGCCGAGCAAGUUUCACAACUGGAGAGAAGGAGUGAGCAGAGUGAGUGGAGAAGAGCGGAGGAGCUGAGGAAACGAGAGGACAGAAUGAGGGAGCUGCAGCUGGAGCUGGACAGAGAGAAGGGAAAGGAGCCUGUUGUAAAGUAUGUGACUCAGACUGUGGAGGUGGAAUCAGCAGCAACAGUGAAGCAGCUGAAUAAAGCCAGACAGAGGAACGAGGUAUUGGCUGAAAGGCUGUCCAAUCAGAACGAGCACUGCAGGCAGCUGGAAGAGCAAAUCCGAAAGUCUGAUGAGUACAGCUGCAAUCUGCAGCACAAGAUCGCAGCAUAUGAGAGAGAAAUCACCAAACUGAGGGAGGAACUGUUGAAAGAAAUUGGACAUUUGGAGGAGAGGAAGGAGGAAGCAGUGAGAGCUGCUGCCAGCUGCUCAGCAGACCACUUUCAGAACCUGCAGGAUCAAUUCUUCACUUUACAGAAGCGUCUCACAGCACUCCCUCCAACUUUACGCUCCAUGAAGACGGAUUACGCCAGUCUGAGGAGCCAAGUUCGAAACUUCUCAGAGUUUUAUGGAAGCGCCAUCAAUGAAGCGAAAAAGCAGAUUGCAGCUGCCAUUAACCAAAUGUCUGAAGCCAACAAAGAUCUUCUGGAGAAGUACAGAAAAGAGGUUGCACUGCGCAGGAAGUACCACGAGCAGCUGGUGGAGCUCAAAGGCAACAUUCGCGUUUUGUGUCGCGUGAAGCCUGUGCUGAAGGAGGAUCAGCAUGAGGAGGGCCAGUCUGUGGUCGUUGCCAUAGACCCCAACAAUGAAUCCUCUCUGACUGUGUUAACAAAAGGAAAGGGUCGUGUCUUUGAGCUAGACAAGGUCUUCCAACCACAGGCCACUCAGGAAGAGAUCUUUCAGGAGAUUGAGCCUCUUGUGACGUCAAGCAUUGAUGGAUACCAUGUCUGCAUAUUUGCAUAUGGACAAACUGGUUCUGGAAAAACCCACACUAUGGAGGGCACCGUGGAAAACCCUGGAAUUAACCAGCGAGCUCUGAAACAUCUCUUUCAUGAGAUCGAGGAGAGGAAGGACAUGUGGUCUUACAAUGUCUCCGUCAGCUCUGUGGAGAUCUACAACGAGGUGUUGAGAGACCUGCUAAGUAAGGAUGGAGAGAAACUGGACAUAAAGAUCAACCCCGAUGGAACAGGACAGCUGCAUGUGCCUGGCCUCAGAGUUAUAGAGGUCAAUAGUUUUCAGCACAUCAAAAAGAUUUUAGCCACAGCUCGACGAAACAGGAUCACCUUCGGCACUCAGAUGAACCAGCACAGCUCUCGCUCCCAUGCUCUGCUCUGCAUCACUGUUCAGGGCACUGACCUCGCCACAGGCUCCAAAACCACCGGCAAAUUGAACCUGGUGGACCUGGCAGGCUCGGAGAGGGUGUGGAAAUCUGGGGCCGAGGGAGAAAGGCUGAAAGAAGCCCAAAAUAUCAACCGCUCACUGCUGGCUUUGGGGGAUGUCAUUCAGGCUCUCCGUGCUCGACAGACUCACGUCCCCUUCAGGAACUCUCGCCUCACCUACUUAUUGCAAGACUCCCUGGGCAAAGGCAGCAAAACGGUCAUGGUGGUCCAGGUUUCUGCUCUGGAGAGUAACGUCGGAGAAACACUGUGCUCUCUAAAGUUUGCUCAGAGGGUGUGCAAGGUGGAACUAGGUCCUGCAGCCAGGAAGAUUGAAUCUGGUGUGGGACAGUGUGACUGAAUCAUCUGGAGUCUGCCUGAUCAUCAUCCAACCGACCAGCCAGUUCCAAUACUAGAAUAACCCUCAAAGCUCUGCAGCAAUCCUGAUCAAGGGCUAAAUGUGCAGCUGUUGCUGACACCCGAACACAAAACUCCAUCAUAAUCAUCCACUUCUGUCGCCAUAAUUCUUAAUCUUUCCUCAGUCUGCAUGGAGGAGUUGGUAUCUUCCAAUGGCCUCGUUCUUCUUCCAGUCUGGCUAAUGAACAGAGAAAUUCUCAUCAGGAUAUCAACACUUCAGUUCAUGCUGAGUUACUCAUCCUGUUGUAAAUGUCUGUAGUUUGUAAUCUUCAUCCCAAAAGUGAUGUAUAUCCAAAGGUUGUAGUGUGUGGGAGUAGCUGAAGUACAAGCUGCUAAUUUAUGUCAGAUUUUUGCAGCCUUUUUCUCUUUAGAGCGUUUGCCUUUUGUGGCAGGAAUCUGUUGUGGAAGGAGCGGGUGGCCUUUAUGUCCCGAGCUGUGCAGUACGCUCCUUCAAGAUGAGGGGAGUUUUCACUGAAGAGGCACUUUAUUGUAAAAGGAACGUACCAUUUCAGCUCAAAUGCUUGUAAUAGAGUUCACUAGUGAAGUUCAUACCAAAUACUGUUUAUGGGUUCUAUUUUGUUCAUUGAUUUAUCAGCGCUUUAAAGACAGUUUUGACUAUAAUGUAGCAACACGUUGAUGUCGCAUCAACUAACUUGAGUGCUUAGAGUCACUAAAGAUAAUAGUGAAUCUUCAGGUAAUUUUAUCAAUAAAUAUGGGUUUUGAAAAGUGCUUUUUGUCUGAAUAUUCACUGAU